AUGUCCACUAUAACACAGGGAAAGGAAGAAAAUCCUACUGCCUUUCUCCAGAGACUAGGGGAGGCAUUGAAAAAGCAUACCUCUCUGUCACCUGACUCUAUUGAAGGCCAACUAAUCUUAAGGGAUAAGUUUAUCACUCAGUCAGCUGCAGACAUUAGGAAAAAUCUUCAAAAGUCCACCUUAGGCCCAGAGCAAAACUUAGAAAACCUAUUGAACUUGGCAACCUCGGUUUUUUAUAAUAGAGAUCAGGAGGAGCAGGUGGAAUGGGAUAAAAGGGAUAAAAAAGAAAAAAAGGCCACCACUUUAGCCAUGGUCCUCAGUCACCAAGGCCCUCAGUUAGGAACAAAGCCAGCCUAUACUGGCUUACCCUCAUCCCAAAACCCUACUAACUGUUGGAUGUGCCUGCCCCUGCACUUCAGGCCAUACAUUUCAAUCCCUGUACCUGAACAAUGGAACAACUUCAGCACAGAAAUAAAAACCACUUCCAUUUUAGUAGGACCUCUUGUUUCCAAUCUGGAAAUAACCCAUACCUCAAACCUCACCUGUGUAAAAUUUAGCAAUUCUAUAGACACAACCAACUCCCAAUGCAUCAGGUGGGUAACUCCUCCCACACAAAUGGUCUGCCUAUCUUCAGGAAUAUUUUUUUUCUGUAGUACCUCAGCCUAUCAUUGUUUAAAUGGCUUUUCAGAAUCUAUGUGCUUCCUCUCAUUCUUAAUGCUCCCUAUGACCAUCUACACUGAACAAGAUUUAUACAAUUGUGUCGUACCUAAGCCCCAAAACAAAAGAGUACUCAUUCUUCCUUUUGUUAUCGGAGCAGGAGUGCUAGGUGGACUAGGUACUGGCAUUGGCAGUAUCACAACCUCUACUCAGUUCUACUGUAAACUAUCUCAAGAACUAAAUGGUGACAUGGAAUGGGUCACCAACUCACUGGUCACCUUGCAAGAUCAACUAAACUCCCCAGCAGCAGUAGUCCUUCAAAAUCGAAGAGCUUUAGACUUGCUAACUGCCGAAAGAGGGGGAACCUGUUUAUUUUUAGAAGAAAGCUUUCAUUAUGUUAAUCAAUCCGGAAUCAUCACCAAGAAAGUUAAAGAAAUUAAAGAUAGAAUACAACGUAGAGCAGAAGAGCUUCAAAACACCAGACCCUGGGGCCUCCUCAGCCAAUGGAUGUCCUGCAUUCUCCCCUUCUUAGGACUUCUAGCAGCUAUAAGAUUAUUACUUCUCUUUGGGCCCUGCAUCUUUAACCUCUUUGUUAAGUUUGUCUCUUCCAGAAUCAAAGCUGUAAAGACAGAUGUUCUUCAAAUGGAGCCCCAGAAGCAGUCCAUGACUAAAAUUUACCAUGGACCCUUGGACCAGCCUGCUAGCCCAUGCUCCAAUGCUGAUGACAUCGAAGGCACCCCUCCCAAGGAAAUCUCAACUGCACGAUCCCUACUAUGCCCCAAUUCAGCAGGAAGCUCUUAG